GACAGAAUUACUCUGUUAUCAAUGUUUAUAUGUUUCUCCCAAUAGUAUUGCGUGCCUAAAUCGCAUACCGCAUACCGCAUACCCCAUAAAGCACUGCAUAGUGUUGUCUAAAAUUUGAAACUUGACAGUUUAUACAUUACUUGUUAAUUUUUAACACUUUUGACUCAGUGCAACUACUCAUUGUUAUUUAUUUUAAACGAACGUGAUAAGUGAGAUAAUAACAAAUUUCAAAAUUAAAUACAAUUAAGCGCUUUAAACGAUUACGUAUAUAUACGAUGCAUAAUACAUUAUCGCCAAUGGAUAACCUUUUUAACAUGUUGUCAAAUUUCAGUGCGGGUCAUGAAAAAGCCUUAAAACAAGGCAUUUACAAUGCUGUGGCACUGUUUCUUUUGUGUCUAAUUUCAGCAGCUGGUUACGGAUUGUACAUUGUACUGAGUCCGUUUGUAAAACCUUUAAUUUGGGCUCUACUAUGUGGUUCUGUUCUGUUCCCUUUCAAAUAUUCAUUAACUACUAUUGUACAGUCAUGGUUUGAGAAAACAGAAGUGUCUCAUACACCAUUAAUUAUAAAUUUAACAUUGUUGCCUGUACAGAUAGUAGACAAAAUUUCUGAUGAUAUAGGAUCAUUUUUAUGGAAACAUGUUAAAUACAUUGUCAGUAUUUUUCUGUUGGGAACAUCAGUUCUGGGAGUAUAUAAUUAUACACCGACUGUAUUAAGUUGUUUAAUAUGGAAUAUAUGUAUAACUUUUCAUAUUAUUUUUACAAUUUUUAUAUCAGCGUGUACUACUUCAAUGAUUGUUAUUAUGCUUUGUGGAUAUUUAACUGUAUUAUAUGUUUAUUCAACACCACAUAAUUCCAUACAUUUUCGCUAUACUUCAUUCGUCAUGUGGUUUAUAAUUAGUUUAUAUAUUUCUAAUAUAUUAAGUGCUUAUCCAUAUCAAACAGUUAUAUUUAUUGCACUACAAGUAUUGUACUUGAUAGGAUUUAUUUAUGAGGUAGCAAUUGUUAUGGAAAAGCAAGAAUUAGAAGGCAAUCCAGUGACAUUCAUGGAAGCAAUACGUUUUACAUUAACAAAUAAUAUAAUUACACCUGUAACAGAAAGUUCACAAGCUCCAUUAAAAAGUAAAAAUUCUAUAGAAGAUAUUAAAGAAGAAGCUACAGAUACUCAGCAAAAUAGUGAGAUUGAAGAACCGGCACAAAUGAUCUCUAGUUCAGUAGUAACAAGCACUGAUCCUAAUAUGAAAUUAUCUAAAAAAUCAUUGUCACUAGAUGCAGAUAAUACAGCAUCAUUACAUAAAUUUCGAUCUGGAUAUAUUAUCCCCUCAACUGGUUACAUGUCAUUGCGUGACCGUUAUUUCUUGAAAAGAAUAAAAACUGAAUUACGAAUGUCUAUUGACAUGGAAAAUAAUGAAGUUGAUACGGAUAAAUAUAUGUAUGGAGCACUGUAUGCUUGCAUUGGUAUGCUGCUUUGGAAACAUAGAUGGAUGAUAUACAUUUUAAUUAUUCCUAUAGCCUUUUAUAUUAUUAAGCAAGUUGGUAGUUAUUUUGGAUUAUGGAAAGUGAUAAACAAUCAGUGCAAUAUUGUUAUAGAAAUUGUUAGAAACUGGUGUAUGGAGCGUCAUCAAGCUCUUUUACCAGCUAAUGUUAGAGGUUUAUACAAAGUUGGAAUAAUAAUUGAUGAAAAGUUAACAAAAGCUUUGAAGGCUUCAGUCAAUUCUGUGGCAACAAUUGCUGUGAUUUUUGGAUUAAUUAUAUUUAUAAUUUGUACAUCUAUUUUUAUAACGAUACAGGUUUAUACAGAAGGUAUACACCUUAUUCAAAUUACUGGAGAGAUUCUCAAUUCAUCACUGAUGAAUAAUCCAGAUAUUGAUUGGUUACCAGAACAAUGGGAAGAUUCAGUUAAUAGUGUCUUAGAUAAUGCUUAUACUUAUGGACGAGGUGCUAUUUCUGAUGGAAUAAAAGGUUUAGUAAAAGAUUUAGAUCCUGUAAAAGCUGAACAAGUAGAAAAAAAGGUAUUAGAACUUUGGGAUAGACUUUAUCAAGCUUGGAUGAUGUCAAAUGAAAGUGCAGAUUUAAUUGGCCCUACUGUAGAUGUUGCAGCAGCUUAUUCAGUAUGGGAAAGCUUUACAGAAAGUUUUGGAAAAACACCUUUACAAUUAUUUAAUAUGACUAGCAUACAAAACUUUGUAAAGGAAAAUAUUGGAAUUUUCAUGUCAGUGCUGGACUCCAUUUGGAGCAUAAUUAAGGGCAAUAUGUCUGUGAUACUAGCACUCUUUACAGAAAUAUUUUAUAUUAUACUUAUGAGUGGUUCAGCAGUACUUAAUUUUGCUCUCAGUAUGGUGGUGUUCUUUACAACGUUGUUUUAUCUGCUUAGUUCCAGUGAUAAAACUUACAGGCCUAUCGAAUUUACUACAGUAUUUAGUCCUAUUAGUUGCCAUAGCGCUCUUCCUAUCGACGGAUUUGCUAUUGCAUUACAAGAAGCAGUAAUUGGCGUAUUUGCUGCAACAUUUAAACUUGCAUCCUUUUUCGGCAUGUGGACAUGGUUUAUACAUAAUUUAUUCGAAGUAAAAAUCGUCUAUUUACCGGCCACUUUUGCAACCAUACUUGGCGCAGUUCCAUUUUUGGAUGCCUACUUUGCUUGUAUCCCAGCUACUUUGGAACUUUGGUUCACUCGAGGAUCUAUGACUGCAAUUUUAUUUUUCAUGUUCCAUUUUCUUCCCUGUAACAUCGUUGUGACUGAAUUUUACAAAGAAAUUAAAGGUGGUGGACAUCCAUAUCUGACUGGUCUUUCAAUAGCAGGCGGAAUCUUUUGUUUAGGAGUAGAAGGGGCAAUUUUUGGUCCUUUAUUAUUGUGUUGCAUAAUGGUAGCAAUUAAUUUAAGUCGUCGUUAUCUCCAAUCACCGUCAGAAGUUAUGUCUACAUAUUCCGAAAUGAAACAUUGAUAUGAAUAACAAGUUGUUCCAUUUAUCAGUAGUUAGUAACAGACGUUAAGAAAUAUGAGCAACGAAAUUCCAUUUUAUAGAUAUACUUUUGUUUACUAAACGUUUAUGCGUGACUACUACUUAACUGCAAACAGAUGCAAAAAGCAUAGUUUGUACGAAGAAUUUCGUUAAGACUAUAAUGCAAUAUUAAAAAAUUGCUAUUGCUGUUGCUUUAUCUAGUCUUUGAAAGCAUACAUUUUGAUGUUAUUUGUAAUGAGAAAAAUUACAAAAAUAUUUAUAUAAUAACCGCUUUUAUAUAUUAUUUAUUUUUACUAACAUUUUACAAAAAUGUGAUCUGCUAAUGACACGAUUAAGGAAAGUUGAUAAGGCCUAUAAUAAAAAAUCUCAGCUUACGCUUACUAAUACAUAUAAGUAUAUUGUUAUAUCUCUUUACUAGUCUUUUACAAUUUUUAAUAGUAUAUGUAGGCAUAACAAAUUAAUAGCAGUAAAAAGGUAUUUACUGCGUUUAAAGCUUACAAUUGUUAAUAAAGUUUUGUACAUAAAAUAUAUAUAUGUAUAUACAUAUGUACAUAUGUAUAUAAAAAUUGUUAUGUACAGUCUAGUGCAACUUGGGCUUUAUGUAGUUGUUGGAAUGUAUAGAAGGAGUGUAUCACCAUUUUUUUUUAGUAUUUUAUAUUUUUUAUCUGUAAAAACAGAAAAUUGUAUGUUAAGUUUCUCCCAAUUCUUUCAAAGUUCUUCCAAACCUGAAUGCAAGUCGAGAAGCCUAUGUUGCACGUAUGUGUACAUCCUUAAUUAUGUUAUUUAUGAAUAUUGUAUAUUGUUCGUUUGUUUUGAUAUUUUAAUAAUAUACUGACUUCAGUAUUAUUAAUCAUUUAUUUUGGUUGAAAAUCUAUCAUAUGUAACCACAAAACGAUCAAUAAACUUAAAAUUUAUUGGUAUACAAAGAUAAAUUUUUCAGUUAAUAAACAACAUGUCAAAUUUA